UUACAGUAUACUACACACAAUGGUGCAAAUCAAUACCAACAACGCAGCGAAGAAUUGAAUCAACAGCGCAACAUUAACCAGGAAAGCUCUAACGAGAGAUUUUUAAACAAUCACAACCAACAAAACAACCGAGACUUAAAUGAGUUCAGCGAGUCUAACUGGAAUAUUCAAACCCCUAGUCAUUCGAUGAACAUGAAUAGUAAAAACCAACCGAUUAAACACAACAGCCAGGAGGUAUUCGAAAGCCAAAACCAGUGGAGUAAAUCACAAACUUCCAGAAACUUUGAGCAAMAAAGUCAAGAGGACCUUACCCAACAAAAAUUAAACAACAAAAACCGCGAAAGUCAAAAUUACGGAUAUUCAGUCUCUUCCGAAUCAAACUCCCAAGAAGAUUACGUCAAGGACCAUCGCAAUAAUGAUUUGUCCAACGAAAUUGGACUUCAAGUUGCACAGAAAAUGGUUAGAUUCUUUUCCAUCAUGGAUAAAUAUACUGCCCGUAAUGGAACCAUACAAACUAACCUAGCUCAUGAACCCUUCGCUUUAAGACAACACGCUAUGUCAAUGGAUCAUCAACAGUACCUUGAAAUCAACGAGAGCAAUGUCUAUGGUCUCAACAACGGUGUCAUCAAGUCUAUGUAUUUAAACACAGAGAGGAAUUGCGUUGAUUUGGAAUACUUCUUUCAAAGCUUGUUGGUGAAGGCUAAAUUCAAUUCUAACGAAGGAAUUAAAAAAUCUUUCAAUUUGAACAUGCUCAACACCGACAUAAACGUGUCUACCGAAUUAGAAAACCGAAACCGCAACUACGCCCAUUCCCGCAACGGAAAUUCCCAACUUGUGUUCAAAAACAACGAAGACUCUACGGAUAGCCAAUCAAUCAAGGAAACAAUUAAAACAAAUUACGUUCAAUUAUUAAACUCAGAAAUUGAAAGUGAAAUGAUUCGUACCUCUUACAACGGUUUGGUUGGAUGUUUAAGAUCUGAAAUCGAAACUACCUUUGAAAUUCCAUCAAACAAAAAACUCAAUUUAGACAUUGAAAAUAAAAAAACUCAACUCUCAGUCUCUUUUGUAACACCACGUUCAUUCAACAAUGAGCAAUCCAGCAAUCAAUUCAACAAACAAAAGACAGUCCAGUAUGUCGCUUUCCGUCAAAACCAAUCUGGAAACGGUUACAAAUUGAAAGUCAAGAUUGUUUUGGCUAAACAACCCACGUGGGAGUCCGAUAUUUUUGCUCAAAAAUUAAAUCAAAAGAUCAACAUCAGCAAUGUAAAAUUCACCGCUCAAAACAUUGUUGCUAGUGCCGUCAUGAAACGUGUUCAACUGGAAAACGGCGCUUACAAAUUCAAUGUCGAGGAAGCCAACAUCAAAUUGGAAGGCCUCAGAUACGAUAUCRGAAAAUUCGAUCUACCAAAAAACACUAACGAAAAAUUAGCAAGGGAGAUUGGACAAGAUCUACAGAAWAUCAUGGAGAACGGUAUGAGCGCUGCUCUGCGACAACAGUUGUACCAACAACAACAAAUCUGCAAACAACGCCCAAUGGACUGCAAUAGUUGCGGCCGAAACCAAUUCAAUCAACAGUAA